UAGCAGCGUCAUCCUCCAUUCCUCCUCUUGAGGUGAGAAUCCCAGAAAGUCAACCAACCGGCGGAAUCAAAGUCUUAUCCUUCCACUCUCCCAGCUUUGGAUUCCGUCCAUGGCGUCCCAGGAUCACCACCACCACGGCGGCCACUCCCACGACGACGACCACCAUCACCACCACCAUCACGGGGAUGCCGCUGGGAAGGGGACGGGGGCGGGGUCGUGGGUCGGGGAGGACGGGCGCGUGUGGCACUCGCACGACGGCCUGGCGCCGCACUCCCACGAGCCCAUCUACUCCGCCGGGGACUUCUCCAAGCGCGCGCCGCCGCUCGACUCCCGCAGCUUCGCCGACCGCGCCUUCACCGUCGGCAUCGGCGGCCCCGUCGGCACCGGGAAGACUGCCCUGAUGUUAGCACUCUGCACUUCCCUGCGUGACAAAUAUAGUCUUGCAGCGGUCACAAAUGAUAUAUUCACAAAAGAGGAUGGAGAAUUCUUGGUCAAGCAUGGAGCUCUUCCUGAAGAGCGUAUACGUGCAGUUGAAACUGGAGGCUGCCCUCACGCAGCUAUACGCGAGGACAUCAGCAUAAAUCUGGGCCCUCUGGAGGAGCUAUCCAACUUGUACAAGGCCGAUUUAUUGCUCUGUGAAUCUGGAGGAGAUAACCUGGCAGCCAACUUCAGCAGGGAGCUAGCAGACUACAUAAUCUACAUCAUCGACGUGUCUGGCGGGGACAAGAUACCAAGGAAAGGUGGCCCUGGUAUAACCCAGGCAGAUCUUUUGGUCAUAAACAAGACGGACCUCGCCUCCGCGGUUGGAGCCGACCUGGCGGUGAUGGAGCGAGACGCCCUUCGGAUGCGGGAAGGAGGGCCCUUCGUGUUCGCCCAGGUGAAACACGGGGUCGGCGUGGAGGAGAUCGUGGACCACGUGCUGCGGGCCUGGGAGAUCGCCACCGGCAACCGGCGCCGAUAGAGAGGCUCCAUCAUGUGCCACGUAACUUUCGGGCAUGUGUUAAUGUCGCCCGCACACGUAAAUUGUGGAGCCGGCUUCUUUUCGCCAUGAAUAAACCACGCGUCGUGUAGUACUGCACGCUGAAAAAUAGCAUUGUGUGCUUGGCAGCGUACUGCUGCUAGGAACUGAACCCGAAUGCCCUGGGGUGAGUUCUUUAUGUAACUUGAUCAGAUGCAUGGUCCUUGAUGGGAAUUAGUAAUAAGCAAAAAAAGUUUGUAAA